GUCGUUUGAAAAACAGCAAUUUUCAUCGACCGACAUCCCCUCCACCCUCCACCCCUUCCCCUCUCCCCAAAUACCCCUCUUCUCUCCCCGAAUCCGCUGUUAAUAGCAAUUAUGGCUUCAAACGGCGAUUUUUCCGACGAGGAGUCCCAGCCCGGCUCCCCCAUCCUCGAUGCCAACGGUCACGAUGACAUUGAAGACCAAGAGCCUCUUGACGACGAAAAGUCUCUCAAGUCGGCCAUGAAGAAGACAGAGCCUCCAGUCCCCCAGCCGAAGAGGCCAGAGCUCCCUGAGCAGCCAGACCCAGAGACCCUCGACCUGUCGACACUGACCCCUCUGACCCCCGAAAUCAUUGCCCGCCAGGCCACCAUUAACAUCGGUACGAUUGGACACGUCGCUCACGGAAAGUCAACGGUGGUGAAGGCUAUCUCAGAGGUCCAGACUGUCAGGUUCAAGAACGAGUUGGAGCGCAACAUUACUAUCAAGCUUGGUUAUGCCAAUGCCAAAAUCUAUCAGUGCGACAACCCCGCUUGUCCUCGGCCAACAUGCUUCAAGAGCUUCAAGAGUGAAAAAGAAAUCGACCCUCCCUGUGAGCGAGAGGGAUGUGCCGGCCGCUACCGACUUCUGAGACACGUUUCGUUUGUUGAUUGCCCCGGUCACGAUAUUCUCAUGAGUACCAUGUUGUCAGGUGCCGCCGUCAUGGAUGCUGCCCUUCUCCUGAUCGCCGGAAACGAAACUUGCCCCCAGCCCCAGACCUCCGAGCACUUGGCGGCUAUUGAAAUUAUGAAGCUCAGCCAUAUUAUCAUUCUCCAAAAUAAGGUUGACUUGAUGAGGGAAGACGGAGCCUUGCAGCAUUAUCAGUCAAUCCUGAAAUUUAUCCGUGGUACUGUUGCUGAUGGAUCCCCUAUUAUCCCCAUCUCCGCGCAGCUUAAGUACAACAUCGAUGCUGUGAAUGAAUAUCUCGUUUCGCACAUCCCUGUUCCUGUUCGUGAUUUCACCGCCUCGCCUCACAUGAUGGUCAUUCGAUCCUUUGAUGUGAACAAGCCAGGUGCUGAGAUUGAGGAACUGAAGGGUGGCGUUGCGGGUGGUUCUAUCCUAACCGGUGUCCUGAAGCUGAACGAUGAGAUCGAAAUCCGACCUGGUCUCGUCACCAAGGACGAGAACGGCAAGAUCCAAUGUCGCCCCAUCUUCUCGCGAGUCAUGUCGCUCUUCGCCGAACAUAAUGACUUGAAGUUCGCUGUUCCUGGUGGCUUGAUUGGUGUUGGAACUCGUGUGGACCCUACUUUGUGCCGUGCUGAUCGUCUGGUUGGUUUCGUCUUGGGUCAUCGUGGACGUCUGCCCGCUAUCUACACAGAGCUGGAGGUGAACUACUUCCUGCUGCGCCGACUUCUUGGUGUCAAGACCGCCGAUGGCAAGCAGGAGAAGGUUGCCAAGCUGACCAAGAAUGAAGUCCUCAUGGUCAACAUUGGUUCUACAGCUACCGGAGCAAAGGUCAUGGGCGUCAAGGCAGAUGUUGCCAAGCUCAGCUUGACCAGCCCUGCCUGUACCGAGAUUGGCGAGAAGAUUGCCAUCAGUCGAAGAAUCGAGAAGCACUGGCGUCUGAUCGGUUGGGCCAACAUUGUCGCUGGUAACACCCUUGAGCCCAUUGUCAACUAAACCAAGAAUACUUGGUGUCAAGUUCAGGUCAGCCAACUCAGGAGGGGGUUGUGGGAGAUGAGAGCAGCGGUCUCUGACAGUGGAUUCUGGUGGUUGGCACUCAAAAGAAGAAAGGGGUUACGGUAAUAAAAGCGAACGCCAGGCAUAAUCCCUGAGUAGAGAAUGCAGGAAGGUCCAACUGUCGCCCAUUCCAACUGCUGAAAACUUCAAAGGACAAGAAAACGUGGGUUCUCCUGCACCGACUGUCCUGUUGAAGGCUCCGAGACAUGAAGCCAUGUCUCCAGCGGGUGGGAUUGGGAGAAUAGUGGACAGUUUUGGAAAGAUAAAGUAGAGACGGCCAAUUCUUUGACGUGUGUUAUGACGCUGUUCUGUUUAGGGGAGGGGGGAAAAAAACUUUCUUGUGCCUAUCUAUCAUAUUCUUGUUUUCAACUUUUAUGGACGGUUAGAAGAGAUGAUUCAGGGGAAUUAUGAAAUGCAAUGAACAAAAUCUAAG